AUUUCUUCUACUUUGAAAAUGAACUCCACCAAACACCCAUGUUUACACUUCCUCGUGUCAUUAAUUUUCUAACUAAAACUUAGCUCAAACUCUCUCACACAUCUUGUGGUCUCUAGAGACACUCAGCUUCUCCUAGUUACAGUUUGCUGUUUCUCAAUAUGGAUGUUAUUGCUUGGCAUUCUGCACCUGGCUGUCACGCUUCCAGUUUAAGAGGAAUAACAGCUGAGAAGAGCAUAGAUUGUCAAAGAACUAGAGUUGUUACUUCAAGAAAUAGAAGUUCUCACCAUGAUGUAAUUGAUUCAAAGUGGGUUUCCUCAAGAUAUCCUCCGGGCCGUUCUGGAUCUAAGAGUAAAAAAUUAUAUCGAUUUCCAAGAGUGCACAGUUCUCUUGAAGGCAUUCAAAACGCUGAUUCUGGCAGUUUUAUAGAUGAGUAUGGUACAUAUGUGACUGAUAGAGGGGACAAUGUACGUAGAGCUGUUAUUCCAGGUCUGCCGGAUGGAGACAGUGGUGCCACUAUCAGCCGUCGUUUCUGGGAAUGGAAGCCCAAUUUAAAAGUUUAUUAUGAAACAUCAGGUUCUGAGAACAUUAAUUCCCCACCAGUGCUCUUUCUUCCUGGUUUUGGUGUCGGUUCAUUUCAUUAUGAAAAGCAGCUCAAGGAUUUAGGUCGUGAUUAUAGAGUAUGGGCAUUGGAUUUUCUUGGACAGGGCAUGUCGCUGCCAGAUGUGGAUCCUACCCCUCAAUUGAACAACAAUGGUGAAACAGAGAAGGAGAGUUCUAUGUGGGGUUUCGGAAAUGAAACUGAACCCUGGGCGAAUCAGCUUGUUUAUUCCAUUGAUUUGUGGCAGGAGCAAGUUCGCUACUUUAUAGAAGAGGUCAUUAAAGAACCAGUAUAUCUUGCGGGUAACUCACUUGGAGGAUUUGUUGCACUUUAUUUUGCUGCAUGCAAUCCUCAAUUGGUAAAGGGUGUCACUUUGCUCAAUGCAACACCAUUUUGGGGUUUUGUCCCCAAUCCUAAAAGGUCUCCAAGACUGUCAAAAGUAUUUCCAUGGGCAGGAACAUUUCCACUUCCUGCAAAUGUCAGAAAACUUGUACAAAUUGUUUGGGAAAAAGUAAGUGACCCUACAAGUAUUGCGGGAAUUUUGAAGCAAGUCUAUGCAGAUCAUUCAACAGAUGUUGAUAAAGUAUUUGACAAUAUAAUGGAGACAACACGGCAUCCGGCUGCCGCUGCUUCAUUAGCUUCAAUUAUGUUUGCUCCUCAAGGACAACUAUCUUUCAGGGAUUCUCUAGAAAGAUGUCGAAUGAGCAAUGUACCUAUAUGUCUCGUGUAUGGAAAAGAAGACCCUUGGGUACAGCCAAUAUGGGGUCUGCGGGUGAAAAGGCAGCUUCCUGAAGCUCCUUAUUAUCAGAUUAGCCCUGCUGGUCAUUGUCCUCAUGACGAAGUUCCUGAGGUAGUCAAUUAUCUACUUCGUGGGUGGAUCAAAAACCUAGAGACCAAGGGUUCUGUUGUGAUGCCUCUGCUUGACAACCAACACAGCCUUGAGCAUGACACAAAUGCGGAACUGGAAUUUCUUAGACUAGGAUCUAAAAGAUUAGUGAAGGUGCGGCUUUAUGGGUCUGACUUCUCUCUGUGGGAUCAGAUAAGCUCAUUUAUCAACACUCGCAUAAAAGAUAUAAAAAUGAAGUUCCUGUAGUCUAGAAUAAUACACUCAUGCCUCGAGUUGAACUGUUGGAUGAAAGUGUUGUAUAUGAAGGAAACCACUUUAACCUAUGGAUUGUAUAAUUCUAAGAAUGUAAAUUUGUAAUAUGUUGUAGAAAAUAGUAGUAGCAUUUUUCAUAAUACGAAAAAUGAAAAACUUGUAUAGCACAGUAAGAUAUAGAACCAGUUUUAGCCGGACUUAUAUUUUCCAAAUAUGUACAUUAUAUGGUGCUCUUUUAUUUCUUUUCA